CAGGCAGGCCGCAGCAGAGCUCAUGUGCUGUCCCCAGCAUUGCCGACCUGUGGGCGCCUCCACCCCUGCGCAUGUGAGGUCCCCUCUCCCUAGAGCACCCUCCCCGCCACCUUCUCCACCUACCAAGACCCCAUCCUACCCUUCAAAGCCAGUUCAGAUGCCACCUGCUCAGAUCCCAUCACCCAGUGAGACCCUCCGACUUCCCCAGCACCUGACUGGCCUCUCCGGGAGUUGUCACUCCUGCCCUGGUUUUUCUUGUUCCUUUCCACGUUUCCCUCCUUCCUCCUCCACCUUGUUCCAGAAAGGAAACGUCAGUCUCCUGCCCUCUGCUGUUUCCUGGUGCUUGCUUUCCCUGCCCUGCCCUCAGGCCCCUCUGCUCUGGCCCUCUGCCCUGGCUGGCCAGCCCCUGCAGGGCCCGUCUCCCUGACCCAUGGCAGAUUUGCACUCAUGCCUCAGCCCAGCUCAGCUGUCAGCCCUGAGCCCUCCCCUGCCACACCUCCCAUCCAGGCAGUGGGCAGGCUCUGGAUGGCUCGUGUCCCCCGAGAUGCCUUCAGUGAUGUCGGUUUUGUCCCUGUCUACCAGGUUUCCCUGCAGGGCCGGGGCCCUUUUCUGCCUUGGGUCCAAUGUCCAUCUUCCCUUUAGCCUGGAAGCUCCCAGAGGAGGCUCCCUCCUCUGUCUCAUCUCCGGGUCCCAGGACCAGCCAGACCGAGAAGGGGCGCAAUGGGAGUUUGGGGUUUGGAGCCUGGGGUCUGUUGAGCACCAGCCAGGUGCAGGGCUCAGGCUGAGCCUGGCUGCAGGGCCUCUCAGCCCUGUCUGCUCCCUGGGACCAAGCCUGGAACAAACGUUUGCACAAAAGGAAACCGGCCCCGCCAGGCCUCCCUGGGUCCCCUCCACCUUGAGUGGUGGGUGGCUGGGGGCGGUGGCUCACACCAGCUCUGCCCACUCCAAAGUCCGAGCCAUUCCGAGCGCCAGCCCAGCUCUGCUUUGUCUUCUAGUGGAGCGAGAUCAUGCCCUGGGCCACCGGGAGCCCCACUGGAAGGAGUUCCGCUUUGACCUGACCCAGAUCCCAGAUGGGGAGGCGGUCACAGCUGCGGAGUUCCGGAUUUACAAGGUGCCCAGCAUCCACCUGCUCAACAGGACCCUCCACGUCAGCAUGUUCCAGGUGGUCCAGGAGCAGGCCAACAGGGAGUCUGACUUGUUCUUUUUGGAUCUUCAGACGCUCCGAGCUGGGGACGAGGGCUGGCUGGUGCUGGACGUCACAGCAGCCAGUGACCGCUGGUUGCUGAAGCGUCACAAGGACCUGGGACUCCGCCUCUAUGUGGAGACUGAGGACGGGCACAGCGUGGAUCCUGGCCUGGCCGGCCUGCUGGGUCAACGGGCCCCGCGCUCCCGACAGCCUUUCGUGGUUACUUUCUUCAGGGCCAGUCCGAGUCCCAUCCGCACCCCUCGGGCAGUGAGGCCACUGAGAAGGAGGCAGCCGAAGAAAACCAACGAGCUGCCGCAGGCCAACCGACUCCCAGGGAUCUUUGAUGACGUCCACGGCUCCCACGGGCGGCAGGUCUGCCGUCGGCACGAGCUCUACGUCAGCUUCCAGGACCUUGGCUGGCUGGACUGGGUCAUCGCCCCCCAAGGCUACUCAGCCUAUUACUGUGAGGGGGAGUGCUCCUUCCCGCUGGACUCCUGCAUGAACGCCACCAACCACGCCAUCCUGCAGUCCCUGGUGCACCUGAUGAAGCCAGACGCGGUCCCCAAGGCAUGCUGCGCGCCCACCAAGCUAAGCGCCACCUCUGUGCUCUACUAUGACAGCAGCAACAACGUCAUCCUGCGCAAGCACCGCAACAUGGUGGUCAAGGCCUGCGGCUGCCACUGAGCCCACCCGCCUGCCCGGCCCUGCUGCAGCCGCCCUUCUCAUCCGGAUCGGGCCCCGCAGAGGCAGAAAACCCUUAAAUGCUGUCACAGCUCAAGCAGGAGUGUCAGGGGCCCUCACUCUCUGUGCCUACUUCCUGUCAGGCUGCUUCUGGUCCUUUCUAUGUCCCUCUGUGCCCCUCCCUGGGGUUUGUGGCUGUCACCCUGUCCAACACUUUGGUGGCCUAAGGCACACGGCAGCUUCAGAGCCCGUGCUGACUGCACUGUUUGGAGUCAGCACAGAAGUCCUAUCUUAGGACCUGUCAGACUGUGGCUGGCCCUGGAUGGUCUGAGGUUGGCUGACCCGAGCUUUUCUCCAUUCACCAGAGGGUUUAGGUGUGGGGAGAAGGGCUCUGCCCCUUCCCAGGUACAAUACUGGCCAUUUCUGGGCAUAAUUGGACACGCUCAUGUUCUCAGCA